UAUGACGCUGGAGGACUUCAGUGUGCGCACACUCUACGACAAACUGGAGGACCAGAGUCUGCACAUAGCUGCUCAGCUGAGUAGGCACAGACAGGAUGCAUUGGCCUUCUACAGGGCUGCCAGCCAGCAGCUACAGGGACUCCAGGAUUUUCUGCAGGGCAUCAGACUGACGGAACUUUCAUCUCUGGUCAGGGACAAACACUCUGAGCCAGGGGUCAACACCCAGGUGGAAACAGCUACUGGAGGGAGUGGGGAAUCACAGGAAACAAGAGUCAGUCACACGGCCGCAUCUCAGACGGACUCCUGGCAGCUUGCUCCAGACUGUCCUCCAAGAAUCUCUCCCUGGGGCUUUCAGCCAGAGCUCAACAGAGCCAUCACUGCCCUGGCAUCAGUACUUUCUCAGGUUCGAGAGCCACCAGUUGGGGCCAGCAGAAAGGCCUCUAGUCAACAUGAUGAGCAGUCUUGCGUGAUGAGCAGUGAGGACUCACCCACGGCGGGACAGCCUCUGUUCCAUGACCAGGAACCUCGGAGCGUAAGACCCAAGCAGGCCCCAGAACCUCUCCAGAUCCCCCAGGAAGACACUGAAGGAAGGGAUGCUCAGACUCCAAGUCCUGCGAAGUGGAUCCUUGGGGCUGGACUCAGACAUAGACCCGAUGUGGAGUUGCAGAAAAAGACAUGGCAGGUGGAAGAAGCUCUGGAUGAGCUGAAUGAGGAAUUCUUUCGGCUCAGUGCUCAAGCCUUGGAGCUCCAGAAGGAGGGUGACAAACUGGACCGAAUUCCCCCAGGGGAAGACAACACCUCUGUGUGGGCAGCUGUGAAGCUAGUUCAACCUGUAGAGUCACAGGUGCAGGAUGCCGCCCUAGUUCCACCUGCAGAGUACCAGGUGCAGGAUGCCGCCCUAGUUCCACCCGUGGAGUACUAG